GCGGCAGCCGCAUGAGGACGCGGGGCCGGUAGACCAGGUGGAGUGUGCAAGGGGGGAGCCUCGGGGGGGCGCAGGGCCGCUGCUCCCGCGAAGAAGUCGACAUGGCGAGCGACUCCCCGGCUCGCAGCCUGGAUGAGAUCGAUCUCUCGGCGCUGAGGGACCCUGCAGGGAUCUUUGAAUUGGUGGAACUUGUUGGAAAUGGAACAUAUGGACAAGUUUAUAAGGGUCGUCAUGUUAAAACGGGCCAGCUUGCAGCCAUUAAGGUCAUGGAUGUCACAGGGGAUGAAGAGGAAGAGAUCAAACAAGAAAUUAACAUGUUGAAGAAAUAUUCUCAUCACCGAAAUAUUGCUACAUACUAUGGUGCUUUUAUCAAAAAGAACCCACCAGGCAUGGAUGACCAACUUUGGUUGGUGAUGGAGUUUUGUGGCGCUGGCUCUGUCACUGACCUGAUCAAGAACACAAAAGGUAACACGUUGAAGGAGGAGUGGAUUGCAUACAUCUGCAGGGAGAUCUUACGAGGGCUGAGUCAUCUGCAUCAGCAUAAAGUGAUUCAUCGAGAUAUUAAAGGGCAGAAUGUCUUGCUGACUGAGAACGCAGAAGUUAAACUGGUGGACUUUGGCGUCAGUGCCCAGCUGGAUCGAACAGUGGGCAGGAGAAAUACCUUCAUCGGGACCCCUUACUGGAUGGCUCCAGAGGUCAUUGCCUGUGACGAAAACCCAGAUGCCACAUACGAUUUCAAGAGUGACCUGUGGUCUCUGGGAAUCACCGCGAUCGAGAUGGCAGAAGGCGCUCCCCCUCUCUGUGACAUGCACCCCAUGAGGGCCCUCUUCCUCAUCCCCCGGAACCCAGCGCCUCGCCUGAAGUCCAAGAAGUGGUCGAAAAAAUUCCAGUCAUUUAUUGAGAGCUGCUUGGUAAAGAAUCACAGCCAGCGACCAGCAACAGAACAAUUGAUGAAGCAUCCAUUUAUACGAGACCAACCUAAUGAACGACAGGUUCGCAUUCAACUCAAGGACCAUAUUGACAGAACAAAGAAGAAACGAGGAGAGAAAGAUGAGACCGAGUAUGAGUACAGCGGAAGUGAGGAAGAAGAGGAGGAGAAUGACUCAGGAGAGCCCAGCUCCAUUCUGAACCUGCCCGGGGAGUCCACGCUGCGCCGCGACUUCCUGCGGCUGCAACUGGCCAACAAGGAGCGUUCGGAGGCGCUGCGGCGGCAGCAGCUGGAGCAGCAGCAGCGCGAGAACGAGGAGCACAAGCGGCAGCUGCUGGCCGAGCGCCAGAAGCGCAUCGAGGAGCAGAAGGAGCAGCGGCGGCGGCUGGAGGAGCAACAGCGGCGGGAGAAGGAGCUGCGGAAGCAGCAGGAGCGGGAGCAGCGCCGCCACUACGAGGAGCAGAUGCGGCGGGAGGAGGAGAGGAGGCGCGCCGAGCACGAGCAGGAGUACAUCAGGCGACAGUUAGAGGAGGAGCAGAGGCAGUUAGAGAUCUUGCAGCAGCAGCUACUGCAUGAACAAGCUCUACUUCUGGAAUAUAAACGCAAACAACUGGAAGAACAGAGACAAGCAGAAAGACUACAGAGACAGCUGAAGCAAGAGAGAGACUACUUGGUUUCCCUCCAGCAUCAGCGGCAGGAGCAGAGGCCUGUGGAGAAGAAGCCACUGUACCAUUACAAGGAAGGGAUGAGUCCUAGCGAGAAGCCAGCAUGGGCCAAGGAGGUACAGCACCGACCCUUUAAUAACCCACCUGUUCUUCCAGCUAAGCAGAAUCACUCUGCUGUUAGACAGCAGCUGAUGUGCGUCCUGGCUGGCAGAGAUGUGCCACCUUCCUCCACUGCUAAACCGUUUUCUGGCCCUGCCAAGUUGAAACCCUCAGCUAAGCUACACUCACAGCUCCUGAUCAUGGCAGGUGUUCAGAAGGCUGAGAAAUUAGGCUCCGCUAAGCUAAUGCCAGUAGCACCUGCAGAGAUUAAUGAUGCCAGAUCAAGACUUCUCUUGGAGCAUCACUCAUGGAAGAAAGGUGGACCAGCUUGUCCUAUUAGAGUUGGUCUUGAAGAACCCCUGAAGGCUCAGGAAGCCUGGAGGACCACAGUGAGAUCCCCACGGCGAUCUCGCUCCCAAGGAUGUAGUCCAACUCAAGAGUUAGGGUCUAAGGUCGUUUGUGUGUCCUCUCCCAACAUCUUCAAAGUGACCGGCCCCAAGUUGUCCAUCACUGCAAGUAAGAAGGGCCUUAGAGACUCCUGCGGACCUCGGGGCAGGAGGGGCAUGAAUCCAUGCAUCCUUCCAAGUGCCUCAACGCCUCUAAGAAGUGCUGCAUCGCUAAAUGACCUCUUCUUGAUGCAUGACCACAUGGCCCUCGGUGCUCCCAGCCCCAGGCAUGAGUCUAGGAGAGGUGCACCCACAGACCCCACUGGAGAAGAUCGUGAUUCUUUGCAAAGCAUCCCAGAAUCCCUCCUUUCCCCCGUGCACCUCCCUCAUGUGCAAAUGUUCCAGCAAAGGGGGAGAAGCCCGGAGCCGUUCCCACGUCCUUCCUUCCACCUCUACCCGGCACAUUCUGAUGUGAACUUAACCACUUUGACUUCAUGGUUAUCUAGUUACUCUUUGUCCUCCUCGCUAAGUUUCCCGGCCUAUCCUCUCUGUUCGGAAUUGGGUCACAGUUCCCGAGCUUUCAGAAGUCGUGGCAUUCCUGGAGGCCAAUCUCUGCAGAUACCAUCAAGAUGGUUUCCUAGACCUUCUAAUUCCUCUGUGCUCCCUGGCCAGGCUCCUAGCAGUGAAAGAAACACAGCAGUUGGGCGUGCAAACAACCCAGCUGUGUCAGCAAGCACUCCCGAUGUGAGGUUCCCCGGCCAUCAUAAAUCUGGGCCACCUCUGGUGGAAGAGCGCUCGAGGCUGAACCGGCAGAGCUCGCCCGCUAUGCCGCACAAGGUCGCCAACAGGAUAUCCGACCCCGCGCUGCCCCCGAGGUCCGAGUCCUUCAGCAUCAGCGGGGUGCAGCCUGCCCGGACGCCGCCCAUGCUCAGGCCGGUGGACCCCCAGAUUCCACAUCUGGUAGCUGUGAAGUCCCAGGGACCUGCCUUGACCGCCUCCCAGUCCGUGCACGAGCAGCCCACCAAGGGCCUGUCUGGGUUUCAGGAGGCCCUGAACGUGACCUCUCACCGCGUGGAGAUGCCGCGCCAGAACUCGGACCCCACCUCUGAAAACCCUCCUCUCCCCACUCGCAUUGAGAAGUUUGACCGAAGCUCUUGGUUACGACAGGAAGAAGACAUUCCACCAAAGGUGCCUCAAAGAACCACUUCCAUAUCCCCAGCAUUAGCCAGAAAGAAUUCUCCUGGAAAUGGUAGUGCUCUGGGACCCAGACUAGGAUCUCAACCCAUCAGAGCAAGCAACCCUGACCUCCGGAGAACGGAGCCCGUCUUGGAGAGCCCCUUGCAGAGGACCAGCAGCGGCAGUUCCUCUAGCUCCAGCACUCCCAGCUCCCAGCCCAGCUCCCAAGGGGGCUCCCAGCCUGGAUCGCAAGCAGGGUCCAGCGAACGGACCAGAGUUCGAGCUAACAGUAAGUCGGAAGGAUCACCUGUGCUCCCCCACGAGCCUUCCAAGGUGAAGCCAGAAGAAUCCAGGGAUAUUACCCGACCUAGUCGACCAGCUAGCUAUAAGAAAGCGAUAGAUGAGGAUCUGACGGCAUUAGCCAAAGAAUUAAGAGAACUCCGGAUUGAAGAAACAAACCGCCCGCUGAAGAAGGUGACUGAUUACUCCUCCUCUAGUGAGGAGUCAGAAAGCAGUGAUGAGGAGGAGGAGGAUGGCGAGAGCGAGACCCACGAUGGGACCGUGGCUGUCAGUGACAUACCCAGACUCAUACCAACGGGAGCCCCCGGGAGCACGGAGCAGUACAAUGUGGGAAUGGUCGGCACGCAUGGGCUGGAGACCUCUCACGCGGACACUUUCAGCAGCAGUAUUUCAAGAGAAGGAACCUUGAUGAUAAGAGAGACAUCUGGAGAGAAGAAGCGAUCUGGCCACAGUGACAGCAAUGGCUUCGCCGGCCACAUCAACCUCCCAGACCUGGUGCAGCAGAGCCAUUCCCCAGCGGGGACACCAACCGAGGGCCUGGGGCGCGUGUCCACCCAUUCCCAGGAGAUGGAAUCCGGGACUGAAUACGGUAUGGGGAGCAGCACGAAGGCCUCCUUCACCCCCUUUGUGGAUCCCAGAGUAUAUCAGACAUCUCCCACUGAUGAAGAUGAAGAAGAUGAAGAAUCAUCAGCUGCGGGAACCCAGAGGUAUCCAGGGGCCCUGGGAAAAGCUGUUCCUAAGAGACCUACAAACUUACCGCAUACUUCUCAAAAGCAAUUUCUGGCUCUAUUUACUAGCGAACUUCUUAGGCAAGAACAGGCCAAACUCAAUGAAGCAAGAAAGAUUUCAGUGGUGAACGUAAAUCCAACCAACAUUCGACCUCAUAGCGACACACCGGAAAUCAGAAAAUAUAAGAAACGAUUCAACUCAGAAAUACUUUGUGCAGCUCUCUGGGGUGUAAACCUCCUGGUGGGAACAGAAAAUGGCCUGAUGCUUUUGGACCGGAGUGGGCAAGGCAAAGUCUAUAAUCUGAUCAACCGGAGGCGAUUUCAGCAGAUGGACGUGCUAGAGGGACUGAAUGUCCUGGUGACAAUAUCAGGAAAGAAGAACAAACUACGAGUUUACUAUCUUUCAUGGUUAAGAAACAGAAUACUACACAAUGACCCAGAAGUAGAAAAGAAACAAGGCUGGAUCACGGUUGGGGACUUGGAAGGCUGCAUACAUUACAAAGUUGUUAAAUAUGAAAGGAUUAAAUUCCUAGUGAUUGCCUUAAAGAAUGCUGUGGAGAUAUAUGCUUGGGCUCCUAAACCCUAUCAUAAGUUCAUGGCAUUUAAGUCUUUUGCAGAUCUCCAGCACAAGCCACUGCUUGUUGACCUCACGGUAGAAGAAGGUCAAAGAUUAAAGGUUAUUUUUGGCUCACACACUGGUUUCCAUGUAAUUGAUGUUGAUUCAGGAAACUCCUAUGAUAUCUACAUACCGUCUCAUAUUCAGGGCAAUAUCACUCCUCAUGCCAUUGUCAUCUUGCCUAAAACAGAUGGAAUGGAAAUGCUCGUUUGCUAUGAGGAUGAGGGGGUGUAUGUAAACACCUAUGGCCGGAUAACUAAGGAUGUGGUGCUUCAAUGGGGAGAAAUGCCCACGUCCGUGGCCUACAUUCAUUCCAAUCAGAUAAUGGGCUGGGGCGAGAAAGCUAUUGAGAUCCGGUCAGUGGAAACAGGACAUUUGGAUGGAGUAUUUAUGCAUAAGCGAGCUCAAAGGUUAAAGUUUCUAUGUGAAAGAAAUGAUAAGGUAUUUUUUGCAUCCGUGCGAUCUGGAGGAAGUAGCCAAGUGUUUUUCAUGACCCUCAACAGAAAUUCCAUGAUGAACUGGUAACAGAAGAGCACUUGGCACUUAUCUUCAUGGCGUUAUUUCUAAUUAAAAAGAACGUAACUCAUGUGGACUAAUGCCAGUCUAGAGGCAGAAUCAGAAGGCUUGGUUGAACAUACUGCUUUCCCCUUUUCCUCUUCCUCCACCUGUCCCGGUACAGUCCACGGUCCAUCUUGCAGUGUUGCAGCCUGGUUGAGAAGGAGAGAAAAAGGUGGCAGGAAUUUCCAGGAGAUCCCCAAGAAUGCUGCGUUGUCUUGUGGACAAAGAUGGAUCAUGUGCCCUUCGGAGUUAGGGAUAGAAACAAAUAUUGUGUGCUCUUAUGAUUAAGCUGUGUUAUGGUGGAUUUUGAGUUUUGUUCCGUUUUUACCUUUUUUCUUUACCCCCUGACUUUGUAAGACUGGGGAGAGAAUGCAUACCGAGAAAAUGAGUCUGUUUUUAAUUCUGUCUGCCUGCUAGCUUUAAGUAUAUGAUACGUUGUAAAAUCUCCAAUUUCAAAUAGUGAGAGACAGCACAAUAAAUGUACCUUAUCUCCUUACACUGAAGGCCAUAAUUGCAUAGUGGGGUAAUUUUAGAACUCUUUUGCCUUCACCAACCCAAAAGGUUGCUUUUUGAUAGCAACUGGCUAAUGAAUUUUUAAAAGAGAAGAAAAAUACUAGUUUUCCCCUCUUUGGGGAAAUAGAUUUUAAAUGGCUAAACUACUAGCCUUAGACUAAUAAAAUCAACUACCAUUUUUGCAAGUCUGACAGGCCCUAUUUUUAUAUGGCCCUGUACAGAAUGGAAUGUGUUGAAUGGGGUAGUAGUGCCAUUGAGUUGAGUUGGCUCUAGCAAUUGAGGGACUCUGUAACACAACUUUCCCUCAGCUAUUAUGCAACAGAUCAGGGCAAAAGAUGGGAUGACUGAUGAGGUCGGACAAAAAGAGCUUCUGGGAAACAAACUAAAAAAAAAAAUUUAUAUAUAUAUAUAUAUAUAUAUAGAGAGAGAGAGAGAGAGAGAGAGAGAGACACACACACACACACAUUCUUUUUUUAAUGCACAAAGCCUCUAGCUAAGAGGUCACUUGCUUCGGGCUUCAUUAGGAGUGAGACUUUGUUGAGUUCUUUCUGGGAAUCGGGGAGUGAAUGACAUCCAGGCUCUGGUCAUCCCCAGCUUUCUCCUGAGGGUGCCACUUUCUCAAGAUGAAAACUGUGACUGAAAAAAAAUAAUAAUAAUAAAUGUUUCUGAGCUGCCUGUGUUCUCUCUGGGUUGGUGAGAGAAGGGACUAGACUACUAAGCCUGCCUGAGAUACAGCAGGCAUCAUUGGUUCAGAUUUUAUAGAACUUAAAAGCAAGGCUUUGGCCAAAAUUCUGAGACCCUAAUCAUUUUACCUUCCUCCAAAUUACCCAACAUACGGUAAACAACAUUUGUGCAGAGAUAUGUAUGUAUUUAGUUCAGGUUGACUCGUGUCCUUAUAAACUCUUACUCGAAUGAUUUGAA